ACGACUACUAAUUUCGAUAAAAGGAGAGAGAACUCAAAAUGGAGGGUCAAGAAGGCGGAGCGUAUGGAGGUAGAAAAGCAGGAAAACCGUUCGAUCCAAUUGAGUAUAUUAAAAAACCACAAGUAAUUCUCAGGUUGAUAAGUUGGGUGUUUUCAAUAAUUGUAUUUGGGUGUAUAUCUGCUGAGGGUUAUCAGGCCAUAGACCACACAAGCAGCGAGAAGCAAUGCAUGUACAACAACAAUCACGGUGCCUGCGGCUACGGAAUGUUUGUCGGCAUCAUGGCUUUCUUGGCUUGUGGAAUUUUUCUCGUCAUUGAUGCCGUGUUUGAUAACUUGAGCAAUGUAAUGAAUAGGAAAUAUGCUGUGAUAGCAGACUUGUGCUUUUCAGCAAUUCACCAGAUGUGUACAUCUCCAUUUAAGUCUUUAUCCAAGAAGCCCUGGUUCUACCAACUGAAUACUGAACAAGGAGCGCUUCGAAUCAAGACCAAUAUUACUGGCUGCUUGGCAGUAUUGGCAUUCUUGAGGUAUAGACAAGGGGCAGAAUCCGCCUUUGCUCCCAGCCAUGAUACAGGAAUUCCUCCCUCUAGCACACCAUAUUCGUCUUACCCUGGACCUCCAGAAGCACCAACCCAAGAUUCCUACCAGGAUGCCCCUUUCAACCAAACCAAAGAUGAUGAUAUAUCCCCUUCAACGUAUCAAGCGCCUUCCUAUUAAUGCGUUCUUGAUGAGGUAUCAAGUAACUGGCAACCAUAAUUUAUUAAGUCUGCCUAAAUAUGGUCAUGAUGACAUCACAUCAUGACCAUAUAUAGGCACAUCAUGACUGCAUAUGGGCGUACAAUAGUUUUUUUUUGUCAAAGAAAAUUUGAUAGUCUGGACAACGCUUUGUUUGGUCACAUACUUAUGCAUUGAUGACAAAAAUCUAAAAAUAUCAUAAAUUUAAUAAGUUGAACAGUAAUUGAGAUAUACCAUACAAGCUAGGAACAAGAGUGUACAAAUUAAUAAAUGUUUAAUAACAAAUGGACACAUGUACAUAGAUAGUGGCAAGUAGUGUUACUGGAAUUAUUUAUGCGUAUUAAGCCAUAAUAUUGCUAAAUUAUUGUAAUUGCACAUAUCUUAAUCACAGUUGAUUUAUUUCAAUUUAUCUUAUAUUGAUUAUCGUAUUGACCUUGUUAUCAAUGUUGUUUAUAUGAACAUGGCGUAAAGCCGGUUUUCCACUAAGCGAAUUCAUUCACGUGAAUCGAAAGAGUCCGUUCACUUCCUGAGCUAUGAUUGGUGGCGCAUUUUUUUUCUUCGCAAAAAGUGGAAACAAUUCAAACAACUGAUUUCGCUGAAGCAAAAAAACUGAUAGAAAUGUGAUUGUGCAUGCACAUGAACCAACGCUUUUGAUUUGCACGAAAAAAUUUGCUUUGUGGAAAACCGGCUUAAAAGAGACUAAUAUUGUUUUAAAAUUUUGUUUAGGUAGGAAUACACUACUAGAGUUAAUGAGGAUUAUGUAUAGAAUGACCAUACUGUAGCUAGCUAUAUGUUGCACUGUUGCAAGGUUUUAAACUCUUCAUUGAUGAUAAUCAUAAUCUGAAAUCCAUGUUUACUUAUCCUAAGUAAAAUUGGGCUGGGCCCCUGUACAGGCAUGUCAACUGCAAUAAGAUUGGGCUUACACUGAGAGACAAUCCCCUGUUCUGUUCCUGAAUAAUUUGAUGUGUUCAUCACCCAUGUAGUAUACAGAACCCCCUGUGAAUUAAAUUCUGAAAGAAGCCUUCAUAGUUAACCAGCAUUUUACAAAGAUCCCUUUAAUGGAAAAGACCCAAGGACACCAAGACCUACAGGGUUACCACCCACCUAGCCCUGGGGGAACCUAGCUAGCCUAGGCCUAGCCGUGCACCAGUUUUAUCCGACUGCACUAUGCCACAUUUCUAGAUGACACAUGUUUUAUAGUUUUUAAUGAAAAAUGUGAUAUAUAAUAAUUUAUAUCUCAAUGGAUAUAUUUUUUUUUUUAAACAACUACUGCUAAAUGUUUACAAUCCAGAGGAUUGAAUUUAAAUUUUAUUUGUUUUUGGCUGUGAAUUUAAGGAAAAUUCAUUUGUCUUUAGAUGAAGUUUCUGCUUUUAUUAAUAACCAACAUUGUUGCAUGCCUUGUGGUAUAAGGAUAAUGUUACACUGGUUGUUCGCACCAGAAUAAAUUUGGUAAAAGUUGAGCAGGAAAAAGCGUAGUUUGACCAAAAUUUAUCCUACAUGGAUAUUGCUUAAUAGGGCAGCACCUCUCAUGGUAACAACAAUAGCAUAUGGAGAUUUGUUAUGCUUUAGUUUCUGUGCUUUGUUGUAUAUUUGGCUACAAGAGCAUACUGAAGAUUUAUAUGUUUUUCUGUUGUGUGUAUGAAGUGACCGAUGGCAUUAACAAAGGUGGCUUUUAAAAGUGCAUGUUUCAUUAAGUACAGUAAAACUGGAACAUUAGUUUGAUUUUUGUUACUUUUAUAGAUUUUUAAUUUCUAUGUUGAUGCAUGCAAUUUAAAUACUGCUAGUAAAAUUAUUAAAUAUUCAUUACACCACAUUUGUGGGUAUUUGCAAAAUUAUUUUGUAAAUUUCUAUCAUCAUUGAUUAUUUAUUGCUAUUAAUGUGAAAGAGAAUAAUUAUUGAAUUUAUUGUUGAAUUGUUAUUUAUGGAAUUUUACAUAUCAGUGCUCCAACUAAUCUCAUACUAAUAUUGAAGUAUUCAACUGUAUUGUUAUUUUGUAACCAUUUAACCUUCCUUGAUGUUAUCAAGCAACUAAUAAGUAUAAAACUACUUAGAUAUUAAAAGCAGUCAUAAAUGCUACCAUGAUGGUCUCUUUC